AUGGGAAAGAGUAUUUGUGUAGUUAAUAAUCCUACUCCUGUUGUGAAAGAGACACAAUCACAACAAAAUCCUGUGCAAAAAUCGACUUAUCCACUAUUACAAAUCGAUAAUAGUAAAUUGUUUAACAACUUUUUAAAAUGUUACUCAAAAACUAUUCGACAACAUUCAAUUAAUAAUUCCAAAUUUGUACAACCGAACAAGAAAUUAUUAGCUGUUCCACCACUAAAUGAUGAAAGAAAAACACUACGAUCAAAUAUCGGUUUAUUUCGACGUUUACGGAGUCAACAAAGUGAAAUUAAAGAGUGUAAUAAGACCAGUUAA